GAAGCGAGCGGCGCCUGCGCGCCCGGCGGUGGGCGGGGUUAGGGGCGGGGCCUGGCCGUCACGCGCAGCCCCGCCCCCGCGGCCUCGUCGCUCCCGCCGAGGCGGCCACGCUGCUCGUCCGCCGUUCCCGGGUGGAGGCCCCGGCCGCGCCCAGCUCUCCGGCGGCGAUGGCGGACCCCGGCAAGCAGGACAUCGCGACCAUCUUCAGGCGCCUCCGCUCGGUGCCCACCAACAAGGUGUGUUUUGAUUGUGGUGCCAAAAAUCCCAGCUGGGCAAGUAUAACCUAUGGAGUGUUCCUUUGCAUUGAUUGCUCAGGGUCCCACCGGUCCCUUGGUGUUCACUUGAGUUUCAUCCGAUCUACAGAGUUGGAUUCUAACUGGUCGUGGUUUCAGUUGCGAUGCAUGCAAGUUGGAGGAAACGCCAAUGCAUCUUCCUUUUUUCAUCAACAUGGGUGUGCCACCAAUGACACCAAUGCCAAGUACAACAGUCGCGCUGCUCAGCUCUAUAGGGAGAAAAUCAGAUCACUCGCUUCCCAAGCAACACGGAAGCACGGCACUGACCUGUGGCUUGAGAGUUGUGUGGUUCCACCUUCGUCCCCUCCACCAAAGGAGGAAGAUUUUUUUGCCUCUCAUGUUUCUCCUGAGGCGAGUGACGCAGCGUGGGCAUCAGCAAUAGCAGAACCAGCUUCCUUGACAUCAAGGCCUGCGGAAACCACUUCAGAAAAUAACGAAGGUGGACAAGAACAAGGACCAAGUGUGGAAGGUCUUAAUGUACCAACAAAGGCUACUUUAGAGGUUUCCUCUAUCAUAAAAAAGAAACCAAAUCAAGCUAAAAAAGGCCUUGGGGCCAAAAAAGGAAGUUUGGGAGCUCAGAAACUGGCAAAUACAUGCUUUAAUGAAAUUGAAAAACAAGCUCAAGCUGUGGAUAAAAUGAAGCAGCAGGAAGACCUGGCCAAGGCAGCACCUAAAGAAGAAUCAAUUGUUUCGUCACUACGGUUAGCCUAUAAGGAUCUUGAAAUUCAGAUGAAGAAAGACGAAAAGAUGAACAUGAGUGGCAAAACACACGUUGACUCAGACAGACUUGGCAUGGGGUUUGGAAACUGCAGAAGUGGUAUUUCACAUUCAGUGGCUUCAGAUAUGCAGACCAUAGAACAAGAAUCACCCAUCGUGGCAAAACCAAGAAAAAAGUAUAAUGAUGACAGUGAUGAUUCAUAUUUUACUUCCAGCUCAAGGUACUUUGACGAACCAGCGGAGUUAAGGAGCAGUUCUUUCUCUAGCUGGGAUGACAAUUCAGAUUCCUACUGGAAAAAAGAGACCAGCAAAGAUACUGAAACCAUUCUGAAGACCACAGGCUAUUCAGAGAGACCUACUGCUCGCCGCAAGCCAGAUUAUGAGCCAGGUGAAAAUACAGAUGAGGCCCAGAAGAAGUUUGGGAAUGUCAAGGCCAUUUCAUCAGAUAUGUACUUUGGAAGACAAGCCCAGGCUGAUUAUGAGACGAGGGCCCGCCUUGAGAGACUCUCAGCAAGUUCCUCCAUAAGCUCGGCUGAUCUGUUCGAGGAGCAGAGGAAGCAGGCAGCAGGGAACUACAGCCUCUCCAACGUGCUGCCCAACGCCCCCGACAUGGCGCAGUUCAAGCAGGGAGUGAGGUCCGUCGCUGGGAAGCUCUCCGUCUUUGCUAACGGAGUUAUGACUUCCAUUCAGGAUCGCUACGGUUCUUAAUACUGAGGUCGUGAUGUGUAUUUCCCGGAGAAACUCCCCUUUAAAUGAACCAGUGACCACAUCACAGGUGGCGAUGAAGACCAGAUUGUUUUGCUACUUUUUCGUAUGGUAUAUGUUUCUGAUUCUUAGUAUUCCUUUUGAGAAAUUCUGUGUUCUGAUGUAGUAGGAGCUUCACUGUGGUUUCUGUUUCACGUUAGUUCCCACCAUGCCCUCCUUUUGGCAUCUCUGAGUAUGUCCUUGCUUUAUUUUCUUGGAACCUUUGGUUUCAACACUGAGGGCCUGGAGACGUCGGCUCCUCCUGCUCCAUGAACCAGGAGCCUUCAUCCGGGAGAGGAGGAGAGGUGUCCAUGCCACACAUGGGCUCAGGGCUGCCAGAAUCGGCAGACGCGGGGCGGGCCUACAGACACAGCAUUCACACACGCAUGCUUCCUCCAGGAGGGAGCCAGGGGCCAGAACACAAGGCCAGACGUGACUGGUGUCUUAUGGACGGAUUGCUUCUUUUCUGUUUCUACAUGUUAAGAUGACUUCCAAAUAAUAUUUAAAGUCAUCUCUUUGUAAAUUGUUUAUAUGAUCUAUAAAUUUAAAAAUAUUUUUCAGUGAGUGCUUUUAACAAACGUAAGCUUCCACAUUGCCAAGGGAAUUGAUGUUACCUUGUGACAAGGUGUUUGCUGUUUGAAUUGAUGAGAGCUGUAAGAUGAGGACUCCCUAAGGGUAUUUAUAAACCGAUGUGGUAUACAGAAUUAAAAUGGAAUGAGGUAAGAAGAAAGAGCUACAGAAAACAGUGCAGCCUAUGGCAGAAUAAUCGCUGUAAUUGGGUACUUUUGUGAAUAGUUUUAAACCUUGCUUUUCAAAGAUUACAGAAUAUGUAUAAAUGAAUAAAGAAAAAUAAUUUAGCUGUGUUUUAGACAGCAUUAGAAUAUAUUGUUCAGCACAGUAAAAUAUAUUUGAAAUUUGAUAAGCCAAACAUGUGGUUUUGAUUGAAUAUUUUGUGAAUCUUUCUUAAAAGCUCAAAUUUGUAGACUUCUAAGUAUAAUAAACACUUGCAGCAGA